AUCCAGGCAUACAUUGUUGAUUGUUUUACGCUUCAUGCUGCUUCCGCGCUGGCCGCUGUCUCCUGUUUGCGAUCACUAGCAGCCUUUGUAUUUCCCCUGUUUGCCCCAGUGAUGUACACCGCGCUCGGGUUUGGGAAGGGCGAUACUAUUCUGGGGGUCGUAGCAAUCGUCAUAGGCUGUCCUGCACCCUGUAUAUUUUGGUAUUACGGGGAGCAGAUACGGAACAGCAGUCGAUAUGCGCGGCGAUAG